AUGAUGAACAGUUAUCGUUGGACACUACGGGUGGCGAUCGGCGGCGUCGCAUUCCUGGCAGCGAUCGCCGCGUUCGUUGCCGUCGUCCGAAUCUCGAACCUGGUCAUCGCCGGCGUGUAUCCCGAGGCGUGGGUGCUGACGGCCAUGAUGACGGCCCCGUUCACCAUCGGCGCGGUGUCUCUGGCUACCAUCGUGACCGCGCUGGCGGAGACGUUCCUGCGCCGGCGAGCCGUCUCCGCCUGA